AGUGCCAGGGCUCUUUCCUGCUAAAGCAUUGGCUGGAGUGCACAGGGGGACCAGGCAGCACCAUCUAUUGAGCUCUCAGGAUUUACAAAAACAGCAACUUUACAACAGCCAUGGCCACGAAGUCUUCAUACAAGAGAUUGUUCGGGGGCAACCCCAGAUCCAGCUCAUCUGGAGGGCGCUAUGCCACUUCGAGCAGCAGCAAGUACUCCCUGGGCAGUGCCUACCGCCCAGGUGGUGGCAUCAGCAGCCGGACAGUCUACACAACCUCUUCUUCCCCGGCUGUCUUCAAGUCCUCCUCGGUCAGGCUGAGGAGCAGCCUCCCCCCAGCCAGGAUGCAGGACAACGUGGACUUCUCCCUGGCAGAUGCCAUCAACCUUGAAUUCAAAGCCAACAGGACCAACGAGAAGGCUGAGAUGCAGGAGCUGAAUGACAGGUUUGCCAACUUCAUCGAUAAGGUCCGAUUCCUGGAGCAGCAGAACAAGAUCCUAUUGGCUGAACUGGAGUCUCUGAAGGGGAAAGGGACCUCCAGGGUGGGGGACCUCUAUGAAGAAGAGAUGAGGGAUCUCAGGAGGCAAGUGGACAUCCUCACCAAUGAGAAAGGCAGGAUAGAAGUUGACAGAGACAACCUCAACGAUGACCUCCAAAGACUCAGAGAAAGGCUGCAAGAUGAAAUGAUUCAGAAGGAAGAGGCAGAGAAUAACCUGCAGUCAUUCAGACAGGAUGUGGACAACGCCUCCUUGGCACGCAUUGACCUGGAACGCAAACUGGAAUCCCUGCAAGAAGAGAUUAUUUUCUUGAAGAAGUUACAUGAUGAAGAAAUCCGUGAGCUCCAAGCACAACUCCAGGAGCAACAUGUGCAGAUCGAUAUGGAAGUUGCCAAACCAGACCUGACAGCAGCCCUGCGCGAUGUCCGUCAGCAAUAUGAGAAUGUGGCUGCUAAGAAUCUGCAUGAAGCAGAGGAAUGGUAUAAGUCUAAGUUCGCUGACCUGUCUGAGGCUGCUAAUCGCAACAAUGACGCCUUGCGCCAAGCCAAGCAGGAGACCAGUGACUACCGCCGGCAGAUCCAGGCUCUUACCUGUGAAGUCGACGCAAUGAAAGGAUCUAACGAGUCCUAUGAACGCCAAAUGCGUGAAAUGGAAGAGAACUUCGCCAUUGAAGCUGCUAAUUAUCAGGACACUAUUAACCGCCUGCAAGAUGAGAUCCAGAACAUGAAGGAGGAAAUGGCUCGCCACCUCCGCGAGUACCAGGAUCUGCUGAAUGUUAAGAUGGCCCUUGAUAUCGAGAUUGCCACUUACAGGAAGCUGCUGGAAGGAGAAGAGAGCAGAAUUUCCAUCCCAAUUCAGUCCUUUUCUAGCAUGAGCAUGAGAGAAUCUAAUCUUGACUCACUCCCAGUGUCCAGCAAUAAGAGAACAGUUCUUAUUAAGACUGUGGAGACCAGGGAUGGCCAGGUUAUUAAUGAAAGUUCCCAGCACCAUGAUGACUAUCAGGAGUGAAGUCUGAAGUCUAUCCUGUUGGAACCAAUUAGAAAACCUUGACCAGCAACAUAAUAUUGUCCCUUGUGUUUAAACUUUGAAGAACAUCAGCUUUCAAGUGCCUUUGCUGUUAAUCCAAGAGCGGGAGAUAGAUCCUAUAGGGCAGAGUAAGCCAUCCUAUGGCUCCCCAUGCACUCAUCUUUCCACCACAGCUGGGGAGACAUAGGUUGCCUAAUCCUGCUGUAGAGGGUAAUUAGCCAUUGGGUUUUUGGAGAGUGAAGUCCUUUUUGGACGACAGUGGUUUUACUUCAGUCUAGUUUACGAACACUAUUAUAGCAAUAUCUUGUGCCGCAAUACUGUUUUUAAAGUAUCCAAGAAAAGCUUUUUACUUCCCGGCAACCUGUCAGAGCUUCAAUAAAUCUUUAGAAAUAAAA